CCGACGCUGCUGAGCGCCGCGUUCACCUCACUGAACAGCGCCUACCACAGCAGCAGCGACACCGCUCCCGACGAGGACACGCCAGAGCCGGAGCACGGCUCGCACCAACAGCGCCAGCGCCAACGCGACAGAGAGCGAGCCGAACAGCGCUCGGAGCAGCGAGAGAGUCAUCAUCAAUCGCAUCAUUCGCAUCAUCAUCAUUCGCAUCAUUCGCAUCAUCAUCCGCAUCAGAGUCAAAGAUUGGACGCUGGCAUGGGCGGGCCAACGGCCGUGGCUGGAGGUGGGGGUGGAGGAGCUGGAGCUGGAGCUGUCGGCGAGGGGCAAACCUAUUGCUUGCGCUGGAACAAUCAUCAGACGAAUCUGGUGCAGAUCCUGCACACACUCCACGAGAUGGGCAGCUAUGUCGACUGCACCCUGGUCGUCGACGAUGAACAGUUCAAGGCACAUCGCGUGGUGCUCGCCGCCAACUCACCCUAUUUCCAGGCCAUCCUGCAGGACGUGCCCCAGGACCAGUGCUGCAUCAUAUUGCCGGGUGUGAAGGGUUUCGAGAUCGCUGCACUGCUGCAGUACAUGUACACCGGGGAGACGACGGUGACGAAGAGCCAGGAGCCGGAAAUAUUGAGGACAGCCAAGGAGCUGCAGGUGAAGGGUCUCUACGACAAUCUGAUGAAGUUCAACCACAAGGCGCAGAGCAGCUCGGCAGCCAGCGAGGAGCAGCAGCGUGCACAGCAUCAACAGUUCCAGGGCAGUCAGUCGCAUCAUCCACAUCCCCAUCUGCACCAGCAGCAGCAGCAGCAUCCACAUCAUCAUCCCACAUCGAGCAUUAGUUCGAGCAAGCCGCUCAAUGGCGCUGGCCAGGAUGUGGGCGUUGGCUAUCAUCAUGCGCCGCAUUCGCAUCAUAGUCAUCAUCAUUCCUCGUCCGUGAUCUCAACGUCCACGCAGCACAUCUCGCCCAGCGCCGCCAUUUCGAGCAGCUGCUCGCCACCACCGCCACCGUUUGGAGCAGCUGCCGCCGCCGCCGCUGCUGCUGCUGCUGCCUCCUCCGCCUCCGCCGCCGCCUCCUCCUCGUAUCAGACGCCUUAUUCAAGUUAUCCCAGCGCCGCUGCCAUUUCGGCUGGCGAGGCACCGCUCACGCCCACCCACUCGACGCCACAUCCACAUUCAGCUGCUGCUGGGGAUGCGGGCAACCAGUGGCCACUUUCCCCCUCCGCCGCCGCCGCCGCCGCCAUGCUCAACUCUGUCUACGAGUCGGCUGCGGACAUGAAUCCGCUCAAGCGCAAGAAACUCUCGGCCAUUUCGAGCAUGCUGCUCAACUCCACGCGGGACACGCCCAUUUUGCGCAACGUGUUGGCUCAGGCGAAUACGGCGGACUCCUCGCAGCCGGCGCAGCAGCAGCUGCUCAGCGAGAAGACGCCCACCCAUCAGCAUCAGCACCAGCACGCCGCUGCAGCAGCUGCUGCUGCUCCACAUCCGCAUCACGGCAGUGGCAGUCACAGUUUCAAUGGCUCCGACUAUGGCGGCGACAAGGAGCCUCUCUCGCCGCACACGGAUCGCUCCUUCGACGAGGAAACGGGCGGCGUCGGCGGACCAGGCGGCGGCAAGAAGCCGGAAUGGAAACGCUACAAGCAAUACACCCGUGCGGACAUGAUGUGUGCGAUUCAGUGCGUCCGCGAGGGCAUGAGCGCCCUGCAGGCCAGUCGCAAGUUCGGACUGCCCAGUCGCACGCUGUAUGACAAGGUGCGCAAGCUGAACAUCACCACGGGGCGUGGCACACAUCGCACGCCCAAACGUAGUCCGCCAGGUGGCGUUGAAUCCUCCGCUGCGUUUCCCUAUUCCGCUGCGGCGGCGGCGGCUGCUGCGGCUGCUGCUGCAGCCGCUGCCCAGAACUAUGGUCAGUCGGAGCUGGAGCGGGAGUCGAAGGAGCAGCAACAGCACGGCCAGCAUGGUCAGCACGGGCAUCCGCAUCAUGGCAUGCCGCCCACAAUUCCACACUCGGCUGCCGCUCUGCUGGACCAUGCCUUUCUGCAGCAGGACAUGGCUGGCCGGGAGGCGUUGCAUGCCAUGGCUUUGGCGGCAGCAGCACACGCGGCGGCCAAUCGCAUGUCGAGCAGUCCGCCCGGGUCAAAUGGACACGCGGCAUGCCGCUCACCCAGUCACUAUGGCGAGGAGGACGAGGCGUCCACGACGCUGGAGAAGCACGAGCACGACCAGGAGCUGGAGCGUCUGAUUAAGCGCGAGGCGCUUGAGGAGGAGCGUGAUGCGGACGAUGAGGACGAUCUGCACGAUCAGGUGGAGGAUCUAUCGCUGGCUGGUCGCAAGGAGCGACCAGAAUCACCCUAUUCCCCACCGCCGCCGGCGCAGCAGCCGGAGAGUGCUGGCGUUAUUAUGCAUGCGGCGACCACAAAUGGCGCCAAGGAGCAGACGGAGCUGGCUGACUACAGAGAUGUGGAGUCGCCACCAGCGCCGCCAGUCAGGGAUCUGAAACGUGAGCUGCUGGGCAGCGAUGAGGCGACUCUAACCGAGGCACAGGAGGCACAGGCAGAGUCACAGCACACCGACUGAUUGAUGCUAACGAUGGCCUGGCAGUAUGCAGCGGAUUCCAGCCACGACUCCAUCUACUAGGCCAGGCAAUCCUCAGCCCAAUCCUAAUCCCCAAUUCCCAUCCCCAAUCCUUCAUCAAUUCUGGUUCGGCGUACAACGUGCAACAAAAACAAAAACAAAAAAGAAAAGGAAAGGAAAACUUCAUUUCGGCAUCGGAUCGUUGAUCGUUUAGCGGUAGUUAAGCUUUAAUAACCCAAAUUCCAUAUGAAGCCCCGCUCCACCUCCCUCCACACACCUCCAUCCACACUCCAACACCCCGGGGCACAGAUUUGGGGCAGGCCUGCACCUUAAAUACAAGAAACAAAAAUUGAA